UAUAUAUAUAUAUAUGCCUGUAUAGAUAGCAAUAAAGCAAUAAAUUUUCUUGGUGAUAUCUCCGAAGAACAGUUUAUGAUUAAACAAGUUUUGAACUUUGUGAAAAUGUCGCAGAAAUCUUAUGUAGCAGGGUCGGCUUAUCCACCAUUGGAAACUGGAGUUCUUAGAAUUUACAGUAUGAGAUUCUGUUCUUUUGCUCAGAGAACAAGACUUGUUCUACAACACAAAAACAUUCCCCAUGAAAAUGUCAAUGUUUCAUUAGUGAAGAAACCAGAAUGGUUUUUGGAGAGAAAUCCAUUUGGUUUGGUUCCAACAUUAGAGAUUGAUGAUAAAGUUAUAUAUGAAUCUAACAUCUGUAGUCAAUAUUUAGAUGAUGUUUAUCCUGGUGACAAAUUAACACCAUCUGAUCCUUAUCAAAAAGCACGAGAUCAGAUGCUUAUUGAUACUUUUGGAAAGGCAGUUGGGCUUUAUUAUAAAAUUUCAAGGACUGGUGAAGACAUUGAGGAAUUCAAGAAAAGUUUAGAAAGAUACGACAAGGAGCUUUCAAAAAGAGGCAAAUAUUUUGGAGGUAUGUAG